GUCAAAAAGGGGGUGUGUCUGAAGAGCAUCUUUCCCUGCUGUUCGAGUGUGACAGAUCUUCGAUCUGGAGGUUAAUUAAUCGCUCUGGAGAACCCUAGAAGGUCUCAAGCACUCUAAAAUGUCAACCAGCGAACUCGUGUGGGGCCUGAAGAACGGCGACCUCGACUCCGUCAAAGAAAUCGCCGAGAAAAACAACGUUGAUAUUAAUACAGCUAUCGAUGGAAGGCUGCCCAUCCACUAUGCCUCGGACUAUGGCCAACUGGAAGUUAUUAAGUACCUGGUUUCCAGGGGCGCCGACGUUAAUGCAAAGGAUAAACACGGAAUCACUGCUCUCCUCGCAGCUAUCUGGGAAGGUCACACUGACUGUGUAAAGCUGCUCCUUGAAAGUGGCGCGUCACCUCAGGGAGAAACCCCAGAUGGAAGCUCCUACAUCGAAGCUGCAGAGAAGGAAGAGAUAAAAGCACUUCUCAAGUGAACGCCGUUUUACUAUUAAGUCACAGUAUACUAUUACUUGUAAUUUCGUUUCUCUAUGAUUUCUGUUGAAUUUUAAUUUUAAGUUAAAUAUAUAUAUAUUUAAUGUCAAAACCGAUAUUAAUCCCAAAUCUAAACUGGACUGAGAGAUGGUGUUUAUAAUUGCGAUUUAAGAGAUCUUAUUUUUCAGUAAAUAAUGUAUUAUUUAAUAUUGCCUUUUUCGUCUAUUCCAUUUUUUGUAUUUACUAAUCUUUGCUUGCUCCUAACCUAACCCCCGCAGGAAGUCCUGAUUAAUUUAUUGAUGUGUGAUGAUUUUGUACCAUCUUAACCAAUUUGACUAAAUUAAGCGUGAAUAAAGGUAAAGUGCCUUGGUCAUUGUUUAGGUACAGAUUUAAGGGGAAAAUUGAAUCUGGAAUAUCAGGGCAGUUGCAUCAAAAUUAGAUUUUAUUUUUCGCUUGUUUGGAUGUCUGAAUACCGAGUGUUCCCUUGUUUAUUGAAUCGCUUAUUUUGUAAUGUUUGGAGCUAGAAAAUAAACUAAAUAUCAAUACGUGGAAAA